CGAAACCAUCGAGCCCAAAAAAGUAAACCCAAAAAAAAAAAAACAUUGAACUUUUUCUCUAAAUAUAGCUCUUAAUUUUUUUGGGUUGUUUCUUCUUUUGUUUCUCCUCAGAUUUCUCACCCCAUUUCUUAAAUCUCAUCGCCCUCAUUUCCUUUCUUUAUAAAUAUAUAUAUAUAUAUAUAUAUAUAUAUAAAACCAGUUGUGGGUUUGCUUUAAAGCUUUAAAACACAAUGAAAAUGGCUUCUUCAAUCUCUGUUCCAUGCCCCAAGAUCUCUUAUUUUCUAAAAACAAAGCAACAAAGCCAAACUCAAGGAAUCUCUUUGGCUCUUCCUCAAAGUGCAAAGUCUAGCCCCAAAUCUUGCUUGUCAUUUGGAUCUUCAGUCCGGGUUGCUGCAGGGAAAUCCUCAAAUUCUGUACCAGUAGUUGACACAAAUUCUAUACCAGUAGUUGACACAAAUUCUAAAGCUGCAUUGCCUAGGGAAGAUGAUGAAAAAUACGCAGAUAAUGCUAUUCCAGAUGUUGCAGCAAUCUCAGCAUUCAUGGCGCAAGUAUCAGACCUUGUUAAACUUGUUGAUUCAAGAGAUAUUACGGAACUGCAACUGAAGCAGUCAGAUUGUGAGCUUGUAAUAAGAAAGAAGGAAGCUUUGCAGCUGCCAGAACCAGUGUCUCCCAUUGUCACGCCACAAUACAUGCCUCAUGCAAUGUUUCAAACUCCAGCUCCAGCAGCCCCAGUAGCAGCUCCUGCUCCUGCAAGCCUAGCCCUUCCAGCACCAACACCUUCCUCACCUCCCCCUGCUAAAACAGGCAGUUCAUCUUAUCCUCCCUUCAAAUGCCCCAUGGCUGGAACCUUCUAUAGGAGUCCUGCACCAGGUGAACCACCAUUUGUCAAGGUGGGAGAUAAAGUACAGAAAGGUCAAGUUGUCUGCAUCAUCGAGGCCAUGAAACUGAUGAAUGAAAUUGAAGCCGACCAAUCUGGAACCAUAACCGAGAUUUUGGCCGAGGAUGGAAAACCAGUUAGUGUAGACAUGCCGCUAUUUGUCAUUGUGCCUUGAAUAACCUGGCAUGGCAAAGGAAGUGUGCUUGAAGCUUUAUAACAGACAAUGUUUUGGUAUAAUUUUUGGUUUACUCUCUAAUUUUGAAACUAAUAAUGGUUCUCUUGGUUCUUCUGAGAAUUAUAUGUAAGUGUUUAUGUUUGAUACUUAGAACAAGGCAGAAGAUUUUUUAUUGGGAAUUCAACAGUUUGUGCUUAGUUUUGGACGUUUAGCAAAUAUAAUUUAUUUCCCUUUUUUCUUUCUAAACAUAAUUUUUUUUCUUUUAUUCCAACUAUUUGCUUCCCUAAAAUUAGAAGGGGUUAAUAUGUAAUUUGAUCUCAAA